AUGGCAAAUAAAAUACUAGAUCCAAUUUUUAGAUUAUACGAUCCGAUUCGUUAUUCGUUUAACAAGAAAAAAGAGGAUUACAUUAUCAUCUCACCCACUGUUGGUUCUAAAUCCCAAUUGAAUGAUGGUGGUAGAAUUACCUUCGAAAUAAAUUCAUUAUCGAAUUGGUUGCUUCUUUCCGAUGCUUAUUUCAGAUGCGAUUUCAAAAUUAAAGAUGGAACUCAGAAUCAAGUUCCACAAACAAAUACAACGUUAGAAAACAAUUUCUUUCCAUCUUUAUUUAGCGAGAUGGGUUUGGAAGCUGGUUCAAAUCCGAUAGAAACAAUUAAACACCCUGGGGAAUUUGACACAAUGUUGAAAACAGUUUUAUAUCCUAAAGAUUUCGAUUCAGUCUCGGGUCGGAUACCCGAUGUUGGUGGUGGAAGUGUUUUAAAAGAACCGGUAAGAAAUCUUGCAAAUGAUGCCGAUUUAGCUAGAGUGAGAAUUGUUGCUCGAAACACAAUAGAAAGAGUAGCACAAGCAACUAAUCAUGGAUUCGAAAAACAAGUACUUCAGUACAAUAAUAUUGUUGAGAAUAAUAGACACGAUAUAGAUUUAGAAAGAAUUGACGCGAACACAAAAGAAGGUGGAUUUUUACCAUUCUUACUACCUUUAAUAUUUGGUGGUAUUGCAGCGGCGGAUGCAGCUACUGGAGGAAUAUCUGCCGCAGUCAAAGCUGCCAACGCAAAGAAAGCAGCUGAUGCUAAAGCCGCUGAAGAACGUAGACAUAAUUUAAUAAUGGAAAAGGAAGGCAAAGGUCCAGGAAUGGGAGAUAUGAUAGGCACAAUAAAAGAAUUUGGAAAAAGAUUUGGGGAAGAAACCAAGAAAACUGUUAAACAAGAAUUAUAUAAAUUAGUAGAUAGUAUUGACACAGGAGAAGUCAAACAUAAGGGUAAUGGAAUAUUUUUAAAAAAUAUACACACUGGAGAAGGAAUAUUUCUUUCAAAGUAUAAAGGAGAAGGAGUGGUUUUUGGAACAAAUUAA